GACUAGGCAGGUUUCUUGAAGUGUACCUAAAAAAAUAAAUUCAAGUGCGAGUUGGAUUGUCUACUGAAGUUUCCAUGCAAACAUGAAAAUAUGGUAUAUAGUGUUAUAACGGCAAUCAAAAUACCUGUAUUGCAAUCAGCUGUAAAAUUUUCAACCAUCUAGCUAUCACGGUUCACGAGUUACAGCGUGUUAACCGAUCGUAAAAUGGACCCUUACAUAAAAAUUACAUUUUAAUAUAAAAGUAGUAGGUAGCAAGAAAAUAAAAUGUGCAGUAAGAAGAUUAGAAAUUAUCUCGAGCCACCGCCAGCGAUCACGACGUAUCGAUCACGUACGCUUAAUGAACUUCUAAAGCCUUUUCUAAGAACAAGGCUAGAAAGUACCUCUCUGUUGCCAAGAGCAACUCUCUGCAAGCAAGUCCGGGCCACUCCGCACUCAAGCCAAAAGAUAUCAACGCCUAAGAAACAAUUCAACGUAAAACUUCGAUCCAUCAUAAUUGUGACACUCGAACGAACUGUCAAUAUAUCGAUUUCAUCAUCGUUACGCUACGUAUCAACGUAUGUGCUUUUUCACAGAAUCGAAACAAUAAUCGAAUUGUUAUCGAUAGAAAGUCCACUUCAAGCCGUUUCGGUCACGUUCGAUUUUAUUCUCUUGUAAAAUUUUAUUAUCUAUUCUAUACUUAGGUAUUGGAAUACUAGUUUUGAAAGGCUAGUACCUAGUCUUUGUUAAGAUCAAGAGCAAUACAACCAGUUUGACUUGGCUCGCGACCUGCUGCAUCUGUCUGCACUCUAAGAGUUCCGGGUUCCUUUGUCCAAUAAACAAUUUAAACCUAGUACAUUUUACUUACUUUUUAUUACCCACUAUAAGUAGUUACAAGACAAUUGCAAUUUUAAUUUCAUUACGAAGAUCCUUUAGCAACAAUUUUAAGUUACAGCUUUGCAAUAGGUUGUUUGUUUACUUUCCGCUUCCACCUGUUUACGUCACCCAUGCGUGCCGAACUCAACUCACAUUGAGUUGAAACGAAAAGAAUAUCGAAAAACAAUCGAUAUGGUCCAAAAUCGGUUUGUUAUUGCGGCGUCACAGCGUUGGAACAGUUGCCAUGCAACAAGAUAUCUGCAAGGAAACCGCUGAGGUUGCGAAACGGGCGGGCCGCGCGGCGAAGGUGAAGGAGGCAAGCGCCAGUCGCCGAUGCGAGAGAGAGGCGGACGCACGACCGACGCAAGCGCUGCCCGCGCCAACACGAGCUGCGACGCGGACGACGCCGCGCGCGCAACCAACUGUGCAUUCCCUGCACCACUACUACCUUCUAGUUCUACCUACAUUACAGUGAUCAGUGAAUUAAAAUUAAACCUUUGUGCCAGUGAUUGUGUUCGACUGUUCCCUACGUGAGUGCCCACGGAGAUUGUGAGAAUUUUUCUCGUUAUUUGACACACAUAUGACGUGAAUAACGGUGCGGGGAUCCGACGCUCGAUCGACUCGCUAAAAUCGAAUAAGUGUUAGUGUAUCUUAAAAGCAGUGUGCCGGAAUUUUAACGGACUUGCCUAAGCAAAGAUUGUGGUACGCGGGUUUGCGGAGCCUCGCUAAUUUUAAGAGCGAUGUCGCGGUGGAAGGGUAUACUAAGGUAGCCGGCAGAUGGCAGCAGUCAGCGCGGCGAUGUUCCGACCUGGGGGCGGUCUCGACCCCUCCUGCUAUGCCACGCAACGGAUAUACGACACGACAGAGGGCACGCGGCCGAAGAAAUGGUCAUCGAAGUUAAAGUUGAACACAUCAGGAAGUUCCAAGACAUCAGAGAAAUCUCCAGAGAGCCCGUACAUGUACGGGACUAUCAGCGGACCAGGAGGAUCAGCUUUGUCUAAAUCAAUGAAGUAUGCUGAGACCUGGCUCUACGGGUCCGUCAGGACCCAGACCCCACCUAUGCGACCUAGCGUCUUCUCCGCUUACUCAGAAGUACCUGGUCCUGUUCUUAUAAGCACGCCUCAAAAACCUACACCCCACAACUAUGCUGUCAUACUAUGUUCCUGUCCUGAGUACCUGAAUGGUACAAAGAAAACCAGCUCAACCAAAGUCAGUAUUUGUAAGAAAUGCAAGGGAUCUCGUUUGCCAUUAACUAUAGCUGAUAGCCCACAAUUGCUGGUUGGGGGUACGGUCAGAGGUCCUCAACUCAGUCGUGAUUCUGGCUUGCUUAGAGCGGGGACAGUUAGAGUACCAGGGUCAAAGUCGAGGCCUACUAUACUUAAGUCAAAUGGGGAAUCUGAUCCCUACGAUUUGAUGAGACGUAACAGACUGGCGCCACCCCAUGAAACUCGUAUUGGAAGUCAGUUUUCAACAACACGAUUAAGAGCCAAGAGCAUUAGUCCGUGUCGUGUUAAGACAAAGAAACCAACAAGUCCGGAGACACUUCGUAAAAACAGAAGCAAGUCUGUCAGUCGCGUUAACGAAAUAUGGGUCGAAGAGGAAACUAACACAAGUACCGAUUCAAAGAAAUCAAUAUUGUCGUGUGACAUCAAUCCUUAUGACUUAGUGAAAUCUAAUGGCAAUUCAAAAUCUUUAGUGGAAAUUGAAUUUGACGAUGAUUUUGGACACGUGUUUCAAGAAUCUAUGAAAAACAAAAACACGAAUUCUUCAAGUAAAUCUAAGUCGGAUUCGAGUGUCAAGGCAAUUAGUGGACAAAGAAUCAGAGUAUCCGAUGAGUCUAAAUCAAGUAAUGUAGACGAUGGGUCUGUUUACGACCCUGUCGAUUAUGAUCUCAAAUCCUAUGAAAAUAAAACUCAAGAUGUAUCUCCUACUUUGUCAUUGCCAAAUAUUAAAAAUGAUCAUAAGAAAUCAUCUGUAAGCAAAAGUACGAGUAAGAAGAUAUUAAGUAUACCAACAUCGAAUCGUACAAAACAAAAAAGUGUUUCUCCAAAACGACCACCGAGGAGAAUCAGAAAUAUUAAGACAGAUGACGACAGCGAAAGUGAUAAUCGACUGACUGAACGUAUUUCGAAUAGAAAAUCUGCUAAUGAUCAUUUUCGUAGUUCUAAGGGUAAGAAUCACAAUACAGAUACCAUCAAAUCAAUAUUGAAGAAGCCUAGAAACUACGACUUAAUCGAUACUUCUGCAAAGUUGGAGAAAUCGGACGAUUUUGAAAGUAAACGAGUCAAUUCCUCUUUGUUUUAUCUACCAAAGCCUAGAGAAAAGGCUGCUAUGAAUUCCCAUAAUAUACUAAAUAGAAAACGUGUCCAGUUUUUGGUUGAAAAUGAAGAAACAAAGGAAAUAUACACUGCUGAACUAAACCUUGAACAAAAUAUUACAACUAAAGAGGUUCUUCCUGAAGUAAGCAUUGAAACUGAAGAAGAUGUCGUGGCUGAAGGUGACAUUGUAAGUCAUAGCUUGGACGAGUCUAGCGCAAAACUAUCAGAGUUGAUAAGCCAGGCAUCACUUCAUGAAAUUGAAUCCAACGAACAACUACAAAUGCAAAAUGAUUUUGAUACAGUUAUUGAAGAAACUCCUGAAACAACGACAGAAACUAUUCUAACUCCUGAACUUCCAACUGCUGAAGUCGCUACUAAUGUCAACAAAGAAGAUAACAACAUACCUAGGAUACCAGUUCUUCGCCGAUCAGAGUCUGAACGCAUUACAUCAACUCUAUCAAUUGAUCCACCGAAGUUUUUGGAUACUAUGGCAUUACGACCUAAAAGUAAACAUGGGCACACAAGUCAAGUUUUCUUAACUUCAGUACUUGAGAAUGAAGUGUGCAACCAAAAUCAAUACAUUUUUAACCCAAUGCCUACGAGUCCGGAAGUAUCCGAACCCGUGUCUGAGAUCCAAAAUAAUGACAAUAUUGAAUCUGGUAAUCUUAGUGACAGCAGCGAUAUUACAAGAACUAUUCUUUCUAAUCUUCGUCGUGGCAUAUCGGAGUCACCGGAGCCGCCACCCAGGCUCAGAUCGAAGGAGCGUACAAAAUCGAAAAAACACAAUUACGUCAAGACACGCUUUGUUCGUAACAAUUCUACUAGCUCUACUAGUGAUGAAUGGUCAGAUGCUAACGAUUAUGAACAGAAAACUAUUUUGCGUGUAAAACAAUUUGAUUCUGAUACUGAUGAGCCGAAAACUGCAUCUGGGAUUUUAAGGUCAUCAGAAAACGAACCCAGAAAAACUUCCAUUCAAAUUAAUGGCAAUGAGUGUUACUCAACUAUGAAUGUAAGCAGUGAUACUCCUAUUUAUUUAUCAUCUGUCGUUGUAAAUGAUGAUUAUGGUAACACAUGCAAUACCUAUCAAACUGGCACAACAGUGACAAUAAGCGUUGGUACACCUCAAAAUGAAGUGAAAAAAUCGAAAAGUCAAAUAUACAUUGGCGCAGUUCUCUCUAAAGAUCGGGAAAAUACUAUGGAAGCCAACACAUAUGAAGAAUAUUAUGCUGACAGAAAUAAAGAUGGUACCUAUGGUUCGCGAGAUCAAAGGUCUUCAAAUGAUAUUUCAUCUAUACUAAGCGAUCCUGUUGAAGCUGUAAGACGAAAUUUAAUCCCGCAUGUUUGCGGAAAGAAAGAUGAUAAUAGCACUUACUCUGAUAACCAGUCGCCUGAUAUUCAACCAAAGAAUGGCAACGGUGUUACAAAACUUUUUGAUGAUCCUUUCUUUGCUCAUCUAGCCGAUGGUUUGGAUUCAGAUUUGGUUAAGAAGUUAAUAGAAAAUUCUUUGAUUAAACUCCAAGAAACUAAAAACUCAGAAGGGGCAGACAGCAGUGAAAUGACUAUAGAGAAGCUAAUAGAAAGUUCGUUGAAAAACUUAAAAGAAGAAAGUGCAAAAGAUGCCGAAAUUAAAGAGAAAAGUAAACCAAAGAAUGAGAAUAGUGCCAAUGACGACGAGUCACAAAAUCAAAAUAUUAACGAUUCGUCCGUCUGCCCAGAAAUUGAAGAUAAUAGCUGCUCUGCUCCCUAUGAAAGUAUGGAGUACGAGAGCGGUGCUAUGGGAGUUUUUUCUGAUCUUGAGCCAAUGUCAGACUGUUAUAACGCGUCAGCGAGUGAGUUGUCAACCGAAGACGAUACGAAUUCAACGAGAUCGAAAUUUUAUCAAAUGUUAGUCGACGCUGCAAUAUGUGAUAUAGAAAUUUCAAAUAAUACCGACGACGAUCACCACUAUGAGUCUAUCCGGCUGAACAGUGAUCCUAUUUAUGAGGAGAUUGGAGAUAUGCCACCGCCGUUACCUGUAAACCCACCUCCGAAUUCCCUUAUGAUUUUAGAUGAUGAAAAACGUAGCGGGUCACGUUCGAUCUUUGAAGGUGCAUCAAAAUACGAUAUUUUGUCAUACUUGGUAGAUGCUAAGGAGAGAGGUAUUGAUGACGAAGAAACUUAUAUAACGAGUUACGCCAGUCACAAUGAAUCAUCGAAUAUGUUAGAGGAAUCGAAAGACAAGACGAAUAACAAUGAAGGAAUUCAGAAACAUCUAAGUAGUAAUACUAGCCAGCUAUCUAAUGCUUCAGAUUCAAGUGAAGAUAAUUCCUUAAUUAUAAAUCAUGAGACUUUAGAAAAGGCAGUUGUCUGCAAAAAGACAUCCGCUGAAAUUGAGAGGAACGAUUCUGGCGUUGGUUCAGAAACAAGUAAAUCCUCGAGAAGCAGACUACAGGGUAAGACGUCUCCUUGCAAUUUGAUUACUGAUAAGGAUACGCCUAUACAUCUUUGCGAAGAUUGUGACACAACUGUGGAAACUCAAAUCACUGAACAAGGUAACUUUACAGGUUCAAUAUACGCACCAUUAGUGUGCAGAAAAUGUGCCAAGAAACGAGCUGAGAGGAAAGAGAUAAUCACGGAAAUUGUUGAAACCGAAGAAAAAUACGGCAGAGAUCUACAAAUCAUCCUUGAAGAGUUCUACAAGCCGAUGCUGGUAGCCGGUCUACUUAACCAAGAGCAACUCAGCGCUAUUUUCUUGAAUGUCGAAGAAUUGAUCGAAAACAAUCAAGUUAUGUCUGAAAAGUUAAGAGACGGUCUUGAGAUUGCUGUAGAACAAGGAGAUGAGGAUCUCUUGACUGUGAACGUAGGUAAAAUCUUGCUGGAGUGUUCUGGCAUGCUGUCAGCGUUCCAGUCGUACUGCGUAAAGCAGGCUGGUGCUGCCCUCCUGUUGGCUGGUCUUGAGAAGGAGAAGGAACUCCUGAGGAUAUUCUUACGCGUCUCGCAGAUGGAAAACGCCGUUUUGAGGAGAAUGAAUCUAAACUCAUUUCUCAUGGUGCCAGUACAACGCGUGACAAAAUAUCCCCUCCUUCUCUCCCGGCUGUACCGUGCUACCGCUGCGUGCGCGACGGAGCGGGAAGAUGUGCGGUCAGCCCAACGCUGCGUCGAGUCCCGUCUCGAAGAGAUCAAUGCAGCAGCCGCGGCCGCCGCCGCCGCAGCCAGAGACGUGCCAUUGUGGAGGAGACUUGCGGCCGCGCGGAGAACCGCGCACGAUCUCCAUGUAGCUGAUAUCAAGCUGAGGAAGAUGGCCGUUGAUGUGCUCGACUGGAAUCACGAUGAGGCCAGGUUCGCAAUGGAGGGCAAGCUGCUGUUCACUCAGCCGAACGACAACAACUGGCGGAAAGGACGCACCAUCAAGUUGACGCCAAUCAACGCUCUUUUGGUAACUAACGGAAAGCCAACGAUCACCCACAAAACGAACGAGAUACGAGAGACGCGGGAGGCUAGAGACAGAGAGGCGAGGGAGAAAGAGGGAGAAGCUCUCUUCGCCCGGAGCGGAGUAAGAGAGGCCGCGCUCCUGCUGGUGAGAGAGAAGGCGGGCCGAUACACGCUGCAGAGGGAGCCACUGUUUCUGGACAGAUGUGUGGUCGCCGCGGACCACGAGCCUGAACACUUCUUUGAAGUACACGAAAUUACUACUAAGGAUUCGUAUAUUUUUAAGGCGGAAGAGAACUCGCGCACGCGCACUUGGUACCGGCAGCUGCAGUACCACGCGCAGGGCGCCGGCGCCUGGCGCAAGCGACGAAACGCACUCGCUAACAUCAUGAUCAACCCUAUGCUGACAAGGAACUGAACACUGUACCGUAAAUGUUAAUGCAUUAUCAACUUUAUAACAAUUGCUGUAAGGUCGGAAUUUAAUUGAAACUACUCAACUUUCAAGUGCUGAAGUAUAAAAGACUUUGGCUGAAUUUAAGGAAGGUUGAAAUUUUAUAAAACUACAAUUUUUUGUCUUUUGUUGGGAUUGAAAUUGUUUGGCACUGAAUGUUAAUUUACAAAGCGACUAUAGUUUAAUUUAAUUUCCGACCUUAUAAUAAAGGUGGAGAAAGUUGAUAACGCUUUGGCAUUUUAAGGUUGCUCUUUGUUUCGUGAUAUUUGGCUUUGAAAUGACGUCGUAAAAUGUGUUUUAUGUUCAAGUGCAUAAAGUUGAUGGAGGCCAUUUUGAUCUUUAAAUAGUAUUGAUGUGAUUUUGACAGGUUUCAGGACUUUAUUGGUGUUUUUUUUAUAUGUUUGUGUAUGUGUUGUGUUUUCUUCAU